GCGAGACAAAAGGUUGACUAGACAGCAAAGACAAAACCAUCUUCAAGAAAAAAUGGCCGGCCUACACGUAUAAACAAAGUUGAGUCCCAAAUUCCCAAUCAACAUCACUAUUGAAAUACAUUAUGGAAGUUCCAUUGAAGAAGAUGAAUGGCCUCAAUUCCUUCUUGUCCUUGAAAGUUACACUACUAACGAUAGCAAUUGUCCUAGUGCAUAUUUCCGAUGCUCACACCGGAGGCAGAUAUGGCGGUGCAGGCGACGGAGUCCAGCCAUUGUCAAAGAUUGCCAUCCAUAGGGCGGUUUCCGAGCUUCACGAAAAUGCUUCCAUCAAAGCAGCACCAGUAGUUCUUGGAACCAAGGGUGAAGAUUAUCAAUGGGUCACUGUUAAAUUUGACUCUCCUAAACCUGGUGAAGAUGAUUGGAUUGGAAUUUUUUCUCCGGCAGAUUUCAACUCAUCUAUUUGUCCAGCUACUGAUGAUGUGGAGGGUGCUCCAUACAUAUGCUCAGCUCCAAUUAAGUAUAAGUUUGCAAAUGAUUCGAAUGAUGAUUACACGAAGACAGGCGAAGCAACUUUGAAGUUUCGAUUGAUCAAUCAACGAGAAGACUUCUCAUUCGCGUUGUUCGCAGGCGGGUUGUUAAAUCCAAAGUUGGUGGCGGUUUCUAAUGUCAUACGCUUUGCAAAUCCAAAGGCACCCCUUUAUCCGCGUCUUGCUCAAGGAAAGUCAUGGAAUGAAAUGACAGUGACCUGGACAAGCGGCUAUAACAUUGAUGAAGCUGUACCCUUUGUUGAAUGGGGUUUCAAGGGACGAGAUCAAAUUCAAACACUAGCAGGAACGUUGACUUUUCGUCGAAACAGCAUGUGCGGCCCACCGGCCCGGACAUUUGGUUGGCGAGAUCCGGGUUUCAUCCACACGAGUUUCCUAAAAGAAUUGUGGCCAAACUCUAUGUACUCUUACAAGCUCGGACAUAAGUUACAAAACGGCACCUUUAUCUGGAGCAAGUCCUACUAUUUCAAGUCAUCACCAUAUCCAGGACAAGAAUCAUUACAACGUGUAGUUAUAUUUGGUGACAUGGGAAAGGCAGAACGUGAUGGUUCAAAUGAGUUUCAUAACUACCAGCCAGGCUCACUCAAUACCACAGAUCAACUGAUUAAGGACCUAGAUAACAUAGACAUAGUUUUCCACAUAGGUGACAUUACAUAUGCAAACGGAUACAUCUCACAGUGGGACCAGUUCACAGCCCAAGUGGAGCCCAUUGUAUCUACUGUGCCAUAUAUGAUUGCGAGUGGCAAUCAUGAGCGUGACGUGCCGGGAACCGGCUCAUUCUAUGACGGCAAUGAUUCGGGCGGUGAAUGCGGCGUGCUAGCUGAGACAAUGUUUUAUGUUCCUGCUGAGAACAGAGCCAAGUUCUGGUACUCAACAGAUUUUGGAAUGUUCCACUUUUGUAUAGCUGACAGUGAACAUGAUUGGAGAGAGGGAUCAGAGCAGUACAAGUUCAUAGAAAAGUGCCUUGCUUCAGCAGACAGGAAGACACAACCAUGGUUGAUUUUUGCUGCUCAUAGGGUUCUGGGCUAUUCCUCUGCAUAUUGGAAAGAUGGCUCAUUUGGGGAACCAAUGGGAAGGGAAAGCUUACAGAAGCUAUGGCAGAAGUACAAGGUGGACAUUGCAUUUUUUGGUCAUGUCCACAACUAUGAGAGGACAUGUCCCAUUUACCAGAAUCAGUGUGUGAAUAAGGAAAAAUCUCAUUAUUUGGGCACGGUGAACGGAACCAUUCACAUCGUCGCCGGCGGCGGUGGGAGCCACUUGUCGAAUUUCGGGCCAGUGCAGCCAACUUGGAGUCUUUUCAGAGAUGUUGACUUUGGUUUUGUGAAACUAACGGCGUUCAACCGCACUACACUGCUGUUUGAGUACAAGAAGAGCAGUGAUGGGGAAGUCUAUGAUUCCUUCACCAUCUCAAGGGACUACAAGGAUGUUUUGGCUUGUGUACAUGAUGCCUGUGAACCCACCACUUUAGCCACAUAAUAAAAAAUAUUGUAUGAUUUUCGACUUCCGUGACGUUUUUUUUUCAAGAAUA